UAAUGUUUCAGGGAUCCAUACUCUGUACGCCCAGCUUGCUACGAACCUCCGGUUCCGCAUCCGUCAUAUUUUCCACCAAUCAAAUCUGAGGCAGUUUCAUCUAUAUCUAAUUAUGAAAUUCGUCCGACGCGCAAUCGGUAUUUGCGCGACAUGAUGGAUGUUGUGAGAUCGGCAGAAAUGGAGACCGACAGACCGAUCAUGAACAACGCGAUGCAGCCUGUGCACAGUGUAUCUGUGGUCCACCACCCCGAUGUAAAAGAUCCAAUCGACGUUGACCCUGCUUUGGAACCGAGGCAUUCCCCUCCAGUGGAGCCAUACUUCAGAGUGCCUCAGGUUUCUGCACUUUCAGUCACCCAGCUUCCAGCGCCGUCCUUCACACAAAUCAAACCUUCAACAGUAGCUUUCCUGGAUAUUAACAGCAACGGCAGUACUAGCAACUGUGCCAGUCCAUCAACAUGCAGACCUUCAGAUCAUCAGCUCAAAGAUGAGAGACCGUGCAGACAAAAUUACGGUAGUGAAGAAGAAUCGGACGAGGCUCCACCUGCCACAGGCGACCAAACGCCAAAACAUCUGUAUGGCAUUAGUGAAGAUUCGACCACAAUGGAGGAAUUCUCUAUUGUGUACGACUGGGUACCACCAAGCCCCGUAGCCCAACAACCAACCCCAGAGCCAACACCUGCUCCAGUAUCCAGGGGAGGAUCAACAAAAAGGAAAAGAGAAACUGCGCGGCAUGGAUCAGAUGAUAAAGACGAAGGACAGUCUAGGGAACUCCUCAACGGUUUGCAGUAG